UUUCAGAGAGAACCCAUCAACCCAAUAACAGAUUCUUCUGUUCUUCCUUCUCUGUUCGAACUGUUUCUUAUUUUAGAUACAGAAAUGUCGACAGCAACUAUACCUCAGACAGCUGCGGCUCUUUCUUCUUCAUUCAAACAAAUUGGUCGUAACAUUCGGCUCUCCCAAAAUUUCAGUUUUUUGUUUACUACUAACACUUCCAACCGUUUCAGGAGCUCCAGAAAUCUUACUGUCGCGAUGGCUACAGUCUCAGACCCUAUCGAAGUCUGCAUCAAGGACUCUGUUACCUCUCCCGGCAAGCUCGGAGACUGCCCCUUCUGUCAGAGGGUGUUGCUGACUCUUGAGGAAAAGCAUCUUGCAUAUGACACGAAGUUGGUAGAUUUGGGUAACAAGCCAGAAUGGUUCUUAAAAAUCAGUUCAGAAGGCAAAGUUCCAGUGAUCAAACUUGAUGAGAAGUGGAUCGCUGAUUCAGAUGUUAUUACUCAAUCAUUGGAAGAGAAAUACCCAUAUCCUCCUUUGGGAACUCCACCUGAAAAGACUUCAGUGGGAUCAAAGAUUUUCUCCACAUUUAUUGGUUUCCUUAAAAGCAAAGAUCCCAAUGAUGGAACAGAGCAGGCAUUGCUCAGCGAGUUAACUUCCUUUAAUGAUUAUAUCAAAGAAAAUGGACCUUUUAUCAAUGGAAAAGAGGUCUCUGCUGCAGACUGCGCUCUGGCACCCAAGCUUUACCAUUUAGAGAUCACGUUGGGGCACUACAAGAACUGGUCUGUUCCGGACUCACUACCGUAUAUGAAGUCGUAUAUGAAGACGAUCUUCUCCAAGGAUUCAUUCAUUAAAACUCGGGCUUUGCCGGAAGAUGUCAUUGCUGGAUGGCUUCCGAAAGUGAUGGGUUAAAAUCAGGCGACUGGAACUCAUUUUCCAGGCAAUGAUUCAGGUCUCCACAGUAUUGCAGAAAUGGAAAAAGGAUUAAUUGAUUUUUUUUUUUUUUUCUUCUUUUUAAUGUCAUAGUGUACUCACUACAUCUGUAUAUCCAUGUACUAAUGUAGUUUCAGGGAUAAUACCUGAUCUAAUGCAGAAAAUUCUUUAGUGCA